AUUGAAGAAUUCGUUCGUCGCUUUUCUAUUUGAUUCUCCUUGGAACAACAGAGAUCAGACUCGAAUCCGUAACACCAUUGUUGAUUCUCUAAAGCAUCUGCUGAUUUCAAUCGUGAAUUUAGCCGGUGGUGCAUGGAAGCUCCAUUAACGGAGAGUUUGUUUCAAUUCUGAUUCAUCAAUGGCGUCUUGGCUCAAAGCUGCCGAAGAUUUAUUUGAGGUUGUGGAUCGAAGAGCAAAAUCUGUGGUUGAAGAGCUUUCCGAAGAACAGACCGAUUUACAGUUGCCAGCUUCUGGUAGGAAAGGGUCUCAAGGGAAGAGAACAAGUUCAAAGAAAAAGGCUCGACAGAAACUUGUAAAAGAAGAAUCUUCUAGUAAAAGAGAUUUUUCUGGUGAUCAAUCUGGCCCAGGGGUAUCACAGUCAGAGGUGCCUUCAUCUAAAAGUUCUGUUUCCACUGACGAGGCAUCUUCAUCAGGGCCUGUCUUGCAGACAAGAGAGAUACCGACUGAUGCAGCUGUCCAGAGGGUUCAGUCACUUCCACUACCAGUGGCAGAUACAAAAGGUGACGAUGCUGCUGUGGUAGCUCGAGAAAGUGUUGUGGAUGGUGAUGGUUCUGUGUCAAAGCAUGCUGAUGGAGAUAUUCCAAAUGAUUCUUCUGUGCAACCAUCACCAUCUUUACCUGACAAAGAAAUUGAGGUCGCUGUCAGUGAGAACCUGGUUGAUGCUCCCAAAAAUGGCGCACAACAAGAGUUAGAUGAUUCUUCAAAAAAAGACCUGGAGAAACUGGAGUCUGUAGUGCAUGUUCCUUCGGUUGGUGAAGAGAAUGUGGCACAAAGCACGAGCGAUGAGGUGACAGUUGGCAAUUCAAUCAAUCUGGAGAAAGAACAGGAACCGAAAGUUUCUGACACCUCAACCAAUCUGAAAAGAGAGCAAGAUCAUAGAGUGGAUACGACUUUCGUGAAGAUUCAAGAUCAACUUGAAGAGGCUCAGGGGUUGCUAAAAGCUACCGUUUCCACUGGGCAGUCAAAAGAAGCCAGGCUAGCAAGGGUGUGUGCUGGACUUUCAUCCCGUCUUCAAGAAAUUAAAGCGGAAAAUGCACAGUUGGAAGAGCUUCUCACUGCAGAGCAAGAGCUUACCAAGUCAUAUGAAGCUAGCAUUAGACAAUUGCAAAAAGAUCUGUCAGCUGCUAAAAGUGAAGUGACGAAAGUAGAGUCAAGCAUGGUUGAGGCACUAGCAGCUAAGAACUCAGAGAUAGAAACACUUGUCAGCGCAAUGGAUGCCCUAAAAAAUCAGGCUGCUCUGAACGAAGGAAAAUUGUCGUCUCUCCAGGGAGACAUGGAGUCUAUUAUGAGAAACAGAGAAUUGGCUGAGACUAGGAUGAUGCAGGCAUUGCGGGAGGAGCUUGCCACUACUGAAAGGAGAGCCGAAGAGGAGCGUUCUUCUCAUAAUGCCACAAAAAUGGCUGCCAUGGAAAGGGAAAGGGAACUAGAGCACAGGGCUGUCGAUGCUUCCACAGCACUUGUUAGAAUUCAGAGAAUUGCUGAUGAAAGGACAGCGAAAGUGGCAGAUCUUGAACAGAAGGUGGCAUUGCUUGAGGCCGAAUGUACAUCUCUGAAUCAAGAGCUGCAAGAUAUGGAAGUUCGUGCUCGCAGAGGACAAAAGAAGGCCCCAGAUGAAGCAAAUCAAGUGAUCCAGAUUCAAGCAUGGCAGGACGAAGUGGACCGUGCUCGGCAAGGUCAAAGGGAUGCUGAGGAGAAACUUUCUUCAAUGGAGGCUGAAAUGCAAAAGUUGAGGGUUGAAAUGGCAGCCAUGAAGAGGGAUGCAGAACAUUACUCACGCCAGGAGCAUACGGAGCUGGAGAAACGCUACCGUGAACUAACAGAUUUACUGUACUAUAAGCAAACGCAACUAGAGACUAUGGCGAGUGAGAAGGCUGCAGCAGAGUUUCAGUUGGAGAAAGAGGUCAAACGUCUUCACGAAGUACAGGUAGAGGUAGAAAGAAGCAGAGUUUCGCGACGCCCAUCAGCAACUUGGGAAGAAGAUUCUGAGAUUAAGACACUUGAGCCUCUUCCAUUGUAUCACCGACACAUGGCUACAGCGAGCACACAGUUGCAGAAUGCCGUGAAACUGUUAGACUCAGGAGCUGUAAGGGCCACUCGGUUCCUUUGGCGGUACCCAAUAGCACGGAUUUUCCUACUUUUUUACCUUGUCUUUGUUCAUCUCUUCUUGAUGUAUCUAUUACACCGACUCCAGGAGCAAGCCGAGGCCCAGGAAGUUGCCGAAAUGACCAACAACGUAUUCAGACCAUAACAGAUUCCAUAAGAAAGCAACAAAUGGGGUUUUAAGAGAUUGCUGAGUGAGAAAUGUGGAAGAAAGAAGCAAACUAUGGAUUAUAGAGAAGGCUUUAAACUUUUUAUAUAGAGGCUUUAGCACAUAAUGUUUUUUUUUUAAUCUUCUAACCCGUGGGUAUGGUAAAUGGGGUUUAUACACACUUGAUUGAUAGGAAUGGUUGGUUUUAAAGCAUUUGAAUAUAUGUCUGUUGAGCCU